AUGGCACGAAUUAAGAAGAACCAGAGUAGCAAUACAGACACAGACACAGAAGCAGCAUAUGCAUCUGAUCGUGAUACCGACGAUGGACUAUUGCGCAAGCGGCGUCGCACGUCGACUAUAAGCAGGACAAACAAAAAGGACAGAAGCAAAAAACCAAACAGCUCUACGCCUAGGUCGCUCCAACUCAACAAAUCGGAACAAAAAGUCCACCGAAGGAGGAACGGGCGGUUCACGAAGCACGUUAAGAGUCGUAUAGCCAUGACCAGUAACGUAUCAACUGGACCAGAGUCGGAUGCCGAUUCGCGUCUGGCACAUGAUAUUCGCUCCAGUGACGUUGGAGGUGAUCGCAUAGGAGCAGAAACAGAUCAACCUUCUUCAACCACGCAGAUUAGAGCUGCGUUCGAAGCUCUGAUGGCCGCACUGGAUGGCAGGACUGGGCAGGAAGAGGCAUACAGACCUUCUUCAACCGGAGACGACGGUGCUCUGAAUCAACUCCUGCACCAGACGUCAGGUUCUUUCACAUCCAAGGCUGCUAUUGAUGAACCUUACACCAAAACUCGUGGGAACUCAUAUCUCGGGAAGGUGGACAACCCCUCUGAUUCGACAACAUCCCGGCAAAGCCUCAACACAAGCCACUCCAUCGCUCGAACCUCCACCGAAACGCCACCACCAGGCGAUAUACACCAAUCCAACCCUCGUCACAACCAAAACACCCGCGUCGCAGCCAUCGUCCAGUGGGCACAGCGCACGCGCACCUACAACCCCACAGCGACUCUCGUGAAUCCCUUCAACCUGCAACCACCCACCCAAACCCACCCCCUCUCGCUAGCCCACCACGAAUCCAUAAGCCCCAGCGUCGGACUAGUCACACCGUCGUAUUCACCUGUGCCGGCACUGGCCGCGUUAUACGCGCGCCAUCCCGCAUACGCGCACUUGACGUCCGAAUAA